UUACAUCACGUCCUCACGCCUAUAUUAUGACGCUGUCACCUUUUCUAGGGCUUGUAUCGUAUCUCGCACCACUGUAACCUUCGCCUCCCAAAUCGAAACCCCUCCUUCAGCUCUUUCACCCUAAUCUGAGCGCGGCGAUGGCGGCAACCUCGGUGGUGCCGGCGAACCGGCGGAGGGCGCCGAACGCGGCGGAGGAGAUGGACUUCGAGACGACGGAGGGCGUGAAGGCGAUCGCCAGCUUCGAGGAGAUGGGAAUAAAGGACGAUCUGCUCCGAGGAAUCUACCAAUACGGCUUCGAGAAACCCUCUGCGAUUCAGCAACGGGCCGUCACGCCCAUUAUUCAGGGCCGUGACGUCAUAGCCCAGGCCCAAUCUGGCACCGGCAAGACCUCCAUGAUUGCCCUGACGGUUUGCCAGGUCGUUGAUACCUCCGUCAGAGAGGUCCAGGUUUUGAUCUUGUCCCCAACAAGAGAACUGGCCUCACAGACUGAGAAGGUUAUAUUGGCUAUUGGGGAUUUCAUUAACAUACAAGCACAUGCAUGCAUUGGAGGUAAAAGUGUGGGUGAAGAUAUAAGGAAACUUGAGUAUGGAGUCCAUGUGGUCUCUGGAACUCCUGGUCGGGUCUGUGACAUGAUCAAAAGGAGGACAUUGCGGACUAGAGCUAUUAAGAUGCUAGUUCUUGACGAAUCUGAUGAAAUGUUGAGCAGAGGGUUUAAAGAUCAAAUUUAUGAUGUGUAUAGAUAUCUCCCACCCGACCUUCAGGUUGUCUUGAUUUCUGCUACCCUUCCUCAUGAAAUACUGGAGAUGACAAACAAGUUUAUGACAGAUCCUGUAAGGAUCCUUGUAAAACGUGAUGAAUUGACAUUGGAGGGCAUCAAGCAAUUUUUUGUUGCUGUUGAAAGGGAAGAAUGGAAGUUUGAUACCCUCUGUGAUCUUUAUGAUACUCUCACUAUCACUCAGGCUGUUAUAUUCUGUAACACCAAGCGAAAGGUGGAUUGGUUAACUGAAAAAAUGCGUAACAAUAAUUUCACUGUCUCAUCUAUGCAUGGUGACAUGCCUCAGAAAGAAAGGGAUGCUAUUAUGGGAGAAUUUCGUGCUGGAACGACCCGUGUACUAAUCACAACUGAUGUUUGGGCCCGUGGUCUUGAUGUACAGCAGGUUUCUCUAGUUAUCAAUUAUGACCUUCCAAACAAUCGUGAGCUUUACAUUCAUCGAAUUGGCCGUUCUGGACGUUUUGGACGAAAGGGUGUUGCAAUAAAUUUUGUGAAGAGUGACGAUAUCAAAAUAUUGAGAGACAUUGAGCAAUACUACAGUACGCAGAUUGAUGAAAUGCCAAUGAAUGUUGCUGAUCUUAUAUAAAAUGUCGCGUGGUUUGCUGGGUGGAGUGGGUUUGUCAUACCUUGAAGUAGGGAGUAGUGUUUGAAUGUUGUUUCUUGCUAUGGAAUACAUUCGUGAUGCUCUUGUUAACUUUGACAAUUGGUCAAACUAGAUUUUUUACCAUACUGAUUGACUGUACCAGAGGUAGUGUUUUUCGUUGCUGAUGAGGUUGAGAAUUGCGAUUAAUGUGUAAAUUGUGUUUAUUUUUCCAAAUGUAUCACUCUUUAUUGAAUAUGUAAUUUUAUGCUUCAAAUGACGGGUGAUAUCUUGACUUGGUUUGUUUAUUUAACUAAUUAAUGGGCACAUACGGUUUUGCU